AUGCCCAAUCCAUUAGAAUAUCAAGAAAUGGAUUCCGAUCCAGAACUAUUCGGUUACAGUAGUCACACUCACAUCCAUUUCCCUACUUUCUCCCAAGCGAAACCUAUAUCACAUAAAUCUUCUUCACCUCUUCUCCAUUCUGAUCCUAAUCACCUCCAACCACAGAGCAUUCCCGGUAGUUCAAGAGAUCCGAAUCGUCACAAUAUAUCACCUUCAACACCUCAUAUCACUCAGAGUAUGUCUCCAACUCACAAUGUGUCUCCAACUCAUAAUCCAUCCUCCACUCAUCCAACCAUAUCGAACGAACAUUCAUCUCCGGUGGCAAACUUACCUUGGAAUACACCCAUAGAGAUAGGUACAGGCAAAAGUGGUUUGGUAGUACGUAAGAGAGAACUAGAAAGAAUGAUGUAUUCUAGAAAAUGGGAGAAUGAGUUAGUUGAAAAAGGAGUGAAAGGUUUAGGAAGGUUUUGUAUGACAGUCAUCAAUAACAAUGCGAGUAGGAUUUGGGAUGUUGGUGAUACUUCUUAUGAUUUGAUUGAAGAUUUAUUGAAAUCUGUUUCGAGGGAACAAUUACAAGAGAUUGAGAAUAAUUCUCCAAACCUUAAAAAACAAUCAGAUUGGAUAUGGGAACUUUACUACUUACAAGAUUUCCCUUCUCAUUGGGAAAAAGCAAGGAUGAAAGGUGGUCAACCUCGGACAUCUGGUUGGAGAAGGAAAUAUCAUGACGCAGUAUCAGACGAAGAAGCUCGUAAAGCUAACGCGGCAUCUAAAAUGGCAGAGAAAUAUCAAGCUAUGGAAAAGGAAAGAAGCGCAAAGAAAAUACAAGUUGUAGAUAAAAUGGUUUUACCUAAAGGUAAAGGUCCUAGGGGUAUUCCAUGGAGAGGAGUAGGACCAAAACCUAUUUCUUCUUCAAACGGUUUACAAGGAGGAGGUACUGCUUCCAACGCUAUAGCUAAAGCUAAAUUAGAAGUUCAACGUACUAGAAUAGCUAUGACAAACGUUGCUGGUCGUCCACUCCCUUCAUCCAUCCGAUUAGCACCUCCCAGAACCUCAAACACGACUCGUAUACCUACUUUACCAGACUCAUCUAGAAUGACAAAUCAUCAGUCAACUCGUCUUCCUCCUCCUCCGAAAUCGAUAAGACAAUCAUCCGUCAAAGCCAACAACUAUGUAAAUCAUUUGGAUGACAGUUCUUCACCGGAGAGGAUGAGCAACAACAAUAAGAAACCCCUUUCACAUAUCCCCAUGACUAAAGGAUCCUUCGAUAAAUCUAUCCACGAAUCAGGAACACGUUUGAAGAGUAUGGACAGUAAGACAGGGGAUAAGAUUAAAGUUCCGGAAUAUAAACCUAUUUCUAAAUCGAUUGAUUUCUUCGCUGGGUUAGGUCCGAAAUCUGUCAAUAGAGAUAAUGUACAAUCGAUGACACAAAUACUUCCGAAGGUGUCAAAAAUGCUGGACGGUCAACUGGGAAAGACGAACAAGAGGAAAGUUUCGGAAGAAGGGGAAAGAAUGAUUUUAUCUGAUAAGGCUUCAGAAGAAAUCAGUACGAAUUUGAAUAAUGUCAAGAGGAUGAACUUUGGUACGACAAACAUGACAGAUCACCAUGCACCACCCAGCGCACAGACCGUAUUCCCCUAUAAAAAUGAAACACCCCUCCCCUACCCCUUUGCCCUAUCAGGAUUCAUCUUACUUCUCCUAGUCACACUUUCCGUCCCGAUCAUAAAAACCAUCUACUUGUUACAUGUCGAAAGUGCACUAGGAUCCACAGUAGCCAACGCUGGAGUUUUAGGGUUUUGUUACCCUGGUGGAAGUGCUAGUUUCGCUGGUAUACAUUAUUCGACAACUGCACAUUGUACCAACCCAAAGGUCGCUUAUGAGUUGGAUCCUACUUUUUUAGGAUAUUCCGUUGGUUCGGACGUAGGUAAAGACGUUUCACGUGGAUUGGCAGGAAGUUUAAUCCUUAAUGCUGUCGCUUGCGGUUUGGCGGGAUUAAGUUUGUUUUGGGCGUUUUUCGCUUGGUUUUGUUCCAGUAGGAUUUUAGAAAUUAUCACCUUUUUAUCCUUACUUCUCUCCGCACUUAUCGCAUGGCUCUCUUGGGCACUAGAUCUAGCCAUCGUACUGGUCUUCCGCCACAGGGUCAAUCACGAUACCAACGGAGCGUUUUCUGGACAUAUUGGGAAUGCCGUAUGGCUUGCUUUGGCCGGAGCUGUCGCACUCACGUUCGCACUUUGCGCAGCUGGUUGUGGAUGUUUCGGUCGAUAUUCUUCUCGUUAUGCCGAUGCUCCACCCCCUCCUGCCAAAUACGGUCGACGAUACCCAUGGCAAAGAUCCGCCCCUAUGGCCCGGGGCACUUAUUGAGCUUUGGAAGAUGGUAGAUCCCGUUAAUAUGAGGAAUGUUUUGCUUGAAUGAUAAUGGUUAUCUUUGAUAUAGUUUCUUGAAUAGUGACCGGCUGCUGCCUACGUGUAUGGUGAUGACUUAUGCAACUUAAUGAAGUGAU